AUGUCAACACAUCCAUUCCCCGAAUAUUCUACAUUCAACAGCAUCCGAAUCUGCGUGGUGAUGGUGGGAUUGCCAGCAAGAGGAAAGUCGUUUAUCUCGCAGAAGAUAAAGCGGUAUCUCUCGUGGUUGUCGGUGCCUACAGCAUCGUUUAACCAAUCAGCAUACAGGGAGAAGAGGGCGAUGGAUCUGCUGCCAGAAGGCAGUGAUGUGUUCACCCUGCACGAUGAACAAGCAGCAAAGGUGAGGCAGCUGGCGGAAAAUGACUGCAUUGAGGCAAUUUUGAAGUGGUACACGUUGCACGAUGCAGGAGUGACGAUUUAUGAUGGUGCAAACACCAGCCGGCAGAUCAGAAAGCGACUCUACGAUAUUCUCGCGGAGCACGAUGUGCAGACUGUUUUUCUCGAGAGUUUCUGCGACGACGAGGCGAAGAUCCAGGCAAAUGUGAUGGAUAUCAACCGGACAUCGCCGGAAUACGCGGAAAAAUCAACCGAGUACACGGUUGCAGACUUGAAGAAGAAAACCAGGUUUUACAAUUCGAUGUACGAGCCGAUGGACGUGGAGCAUGACGGCCAGUACACAUUUAUCAAACUUCUGAAUUUGAGCUCGCAGAUCUUGAUUAACCGCAUCGACAGCUACUUACAGAGCCGAAUCGUAUUUUACGUGAUGAACUUGCACGUCAAGCCCCGGUACAUCUGGCUGUCGCGGCAUGGGGAGUCCCAGUACAAUCUUGAGGGCAAGAUCGGCGGAGAUGCCGAUUUGAGCGAGCGUGGCUGGAAGUAUGCCCGCAAACUUAAGCACAUGGUCGAUCAGUACAUCCCUGACCAGCAAAACUUGCAAGUGUGGACCUCCACGCUCAAGAGAACACAGCAAACUGCAUCUUUUUUACAGUUUCCCAAGAAAACUUGGAAGGCAUUGGAUGAACUUGAUGCCGGAUCUUGCGAUGGCUUAACGUACGACGAAAUCGCACAACGCUUUCCUAAGGACUUCAAGGCACGUGAUGACAACAAGUUCGGGUACCGGUAUCCCGGUGGAGAAUCCUACAGAGACGUGAUUACCCGACUUGAGCCAAUAAUCAUGGAGUUGGAAAACCAGGAAAACGUGCUAGUGAUCACGCACCAGGCUGUUCUCAGGUGUAUCUACGCCUAUUUCAUGAAUGUCCAGCAGAAGGACAGUCCAUGGAUGUCGAUCCCGUUACACACUUUGAUCAAGCUGGAUAUCCGGGCAUAUAACACGAUUGUCACGCGGAUUAAGGCCGAUAUUCCGGCGGUUUCCACAUACAAGGAGAAGGGCACUUCCAAACUGGGCGAAACUUCCGACGAAUCGAAGAAUCUUGCCGGUUCUAUUAUCAGUAGCAGCACCGGUCAGGUUGUUUAG